UCAGAUUUUUUUAUGUCUACAAUUAAAAAAUUUCCUUUUUGAACAUGACCAUGUCAAUUUCGAGAAUAAAAAAUCUAUUAGAAACGGGCCUACAGUCAAUACAAGAUAAAAUAAAAGCCUUGAGAACCAGUCUAACGAUUGGCUAAGUCAUAAUCGAAAUUGCUCGCUAUAAAUACCCAGCAGCACUCCAACCAUUCCCAAAACUCACAAAAAGAAAGAAAAUUAAUUCAGAGCAAAUUCAACUUUCUAACCAAUGGCUUCACCCACCAAUUUUCUUCUUCAUACCUUUGUCUGGCUAGUUCUUGCAACCACUGCUUUUUCCUUAUCCCCCAAAUUUUAUGACCAAGUUUGUCCCCAAGCUUUGCCUGCCAUCAAGAAAAUAGUCCAUGCCGCUGUCCAUCGAGAGCGGCGCAUGGGAGCUUCUCUACUUCGGUUGCACUUCCAUGACUGCUUCGUUAAUGGUUGUGAUGGUUCCCUUCUGCUGGAUUCUACAUCUACCAUUGAUAGUGAAAAGAAUGCACGGCCCAAUGUCAAUUCUACCAGAGGAUUCGAAGUAAUCGACCAAAUUAAGGCUGAAGUAGACAAAGUUUGUGGACGCCCCGUAGUGUCUUGUGCCGAUAUCUUGGCUGUUGCAGCUCGAGAUUCUGUAGUUGCGCUGGGAGGACCAUCAUGGAAGGUGAGGCUAGGGAGGAGAGAUUCCACCACAGCUAGCAAGAAUCUUGCAAACAGUGUCCUUCCAUCUCCAUUCAUGGACCUUCCUGCAUUAAUCAACAACUUCAAGAACCAAGGUCUGAACCAGAGAGAUCUUGUAGCCCUCUCCGGUGGCCAUACCAUUGGGUUAGCACAAUGUUUUACCUUUAGGAACAGAACUUACAAUGCAACAAAUAUCGACCCUGCCUUUGCGAAAGAGCGUAGAGCAACUUGCCCACGUGAUGGAGGCAACACUAACCUCGCUCCUCUAGAUCCCACGCCUGCACGUUUUGACACUUCAUACUUCAAAAACUUGGUGAAGAAGAGAGGACUACUCAUCUCAGAUCAAGCACUUUUCAAUGGUGGCUCAACCGAUGAUCUUGUAAAGACUUACAGCUCCAACCCUGAAGUUUUUUGGAACGAUUUUUCUAAGUCAAUGAUUAAGAUGGGAAAUAUUAAGCCUUUGACUGGCAAACAAGGACAAAUUCGUGUCAACUGUAGGAAGGUGAACUGGUGAAGCAAAUUGAUGCUUUUGGGGAAAUUUUUUUUUCAGAUAUCUUUUUUUAUUAUUUCAAGAAAUCAUUUUCAUUAAUAG